AUGGCUAAACGAAGGCCCUCGGUUUCUUUGUCCCAGAUGCAGGACCUGCUCGGGAAUAUUGUCGGCCUCGCUAAAGACGUCGGUGAUGAUACCCCACGCCUCUACUCGGACAUCACGGCCGUUCCAAUGAAUAAUUAUGAAAGGGCCAAAUAUGAGCUCGAAGAGAACCUCCGGAUUCACUGCGAGACGCACUCGGAAUCUAUCAAGAAAGGGCUUCUUCCAGAGCCUGGUGCUGCCUAUCGAAGCACUCUAGGCUCGCUAUCUCGGCUUCCCAGGGAACUCCGCGACAGGAUUUACAUGUACGCUAUACCAACGGCAAGCCUGUACCCAACAGCUUUCGAACUCAAUGGCCUCGAGCUUGCCAGAGGGCUAGGAGACCCCAGCGGGUUCUGGUACCCUUUUAGAAGCGAUCUAGGCCUCCUCGCAGUCAACAAGCAGAUACGCGAGGAAGCAUUAGGGCUAGCCUAUUGCAGAUCUUGCAUUCGACUUGAGCAUAUGGACGACUUUAUAGUGUGUGCCCUUGCAAUUGGCAAGAUUGGCCGAGACAAUUUUGAGUCUUUGCGCUUUGCUUGGGAGAGUAGGGGUGAUAUUACGUCUGCUGCGCAUGGCGCUGUGAAGUAUAGUGGUGAUUCGACGACUCUGCCAGCCCCGACUCUCCAUAGUGCGCGCUGCUGUCACCUUAUUGAGCACUUUGAACGACGAGGGGCCUUAUUUGUUACUUGGGGACAACGAGGCUGUAACCCUAUCGACCGAUGA